AUGUGGCCCCUCGGCAACCUUUUGAUCUUGGCAGCCUUGGUUGCCCUAGCCAUUGCCUCGGGCGUGACGCGUCCGCCUGCACAGAACCCGCCCUCUUUAGUCGUGGGUAGCGAGGUUGACAAGAAGCACUUGCUCCGUAAGAUUGCCAAAAUGCAGACGGACUUUACAGGCUGUUUUCGAGUCCAAGCAUCCAAUACGGGACUUGCCUUUAAAACUGAUUUCGAAGGCAUCAGCUUUCAACCCCUCAACGACACCCGUGGAGGCUACCGCGCUUUUGAAUGCGACGACCAAGGCAGCAAAACUUGCUUCACGGCGUUCGACUGCAAUGAUUUUGAAGGCCGCCUGCGCUGCCUCAAGAUCAAGCCAUGCCAAUGCCUCAUGGGUGAUUACUUCACGCAGGCCAGCGGUGGCAAUGGGUUCAAGAUCAUGCAGGAGACGGCUUCGCAACUCACGACCGCUGAGCUCAACAAGGGCAAGCGAGGCCUGCCGGGCAUGUUCCAGGUCGAGACCUGUCUUCUCAAUAACACGUUUAACCUGCUGCCCUGCAAUCCGCUCGAAUCGCGCGACCGCUGCGAGGCCUUUGUGCCCUGUGACGUUGAUGCCGGAGAAACGGGUUGUCAAGAACUCAUGCCUUCGGCCCUCUUGGGUCUGUGA